CAUCCUUCUGUGAACAUGGUCUCCAUCCUCUCUCUACCUUUGCCGGAGCUCUCCAAGAAACUCCGGGACGGCUCCCUCCCUCCUGAGCACGUGUUCUACGCCUACGUGGGCAAGGCCCUCCAAAUCGCCACAGAAACCAACUGCAUCACAGAGUAUCUGCAGGAAAGCGAGACCCAACUCCGGAAAGCGAAGCUGACAGGGAAGCUGGGUUUGCUCUACGGGGUGCCUGUCAGCAUCAAAGACUCCAUCGACUGCCAGGGUCAUGAUUCCACCUUAGGGUUUAUAAAAAACAUCAAUAAACCCGCAGCCGAGGACAGCGUGGUGGUGCAGGUGCUCAGGAGACAGGGAGCAAUUCCCUUUGUCAAAACCAACGUUCCCCAGUCCCUCAUCAGCUAUGACUGCAAGAACUUAAUCUUUGGUCAGACAUUCAACCCUCUGCUCUACACCAGAAGCCCUGGAGGCUCCUCUGGUGGAGAAGGGGCACUUGUAGGAGGAGGUGGGUCCAUCCUGGGCUUUGGGACAGAUGUAGGAGGGAGCCUGCGUUUCCCUGCUGCCUUCUGUGGGAUCUGUGCACUCAAGCCCACUGGGAACAGACUCAGUAAAAAAGGAAUAAUUUCUGGUGUCCUUGGGCAGAAGGCAGUGGCUGCAGCAGUGGGGCCAAUGGCAAAAGAUGUGGAGAGCCUGGCGCUGUGCAUGCGGGCGCUCCUGUGCGAGGACAUGUUCAGCCUGGACAGCACAGUGCCCCCCCUUCCCUUCAAUGAAGAGGUGUAUUCCAGCACGCAGCCCCUCCGCAUAGGCUACUAUGAAACUGAUUUCUUCACCAUGCCAAGCCCUGCCAUGAGACGUGCCGUUCGGGAGACAAAGCAGCUGUUGGAGGAUGCUGGCCACACGCUGGUGCCCUUCGAACUCACAAAUGUGGACUACAUGCUCUUUAACUUCUGUGUCAGGGGAAUGUUUGCAGAUGGGGGCACCUCCUUUGUCAAGAAAUUCAAAGGGGAGCUGGAGAGCAGCAGCAUGGGGAUGUUCUUCUGGUUGGCGAAGGCACCAAACUGGCUAAAAACUUUCCUCUCCUGGACUGCCAAACCCUUCGUACCUCGAUUUUCAGAUAUCAUAAGAAGUAUGAGAGCAAACACAGUGGAUGAAGUCUGGAGUCUUCAUUGUGAAAUUGAGGAGUUUUGUCACCAGUUCAUAGCUCAGUGGAAAAAGCUGAAUCUGGAUGUCAUGCUUUGUCCCAUGCUGGGCCCAGCUCUUGGCAUCGGCUACCCUGGGAAGCUCUCAGUGGCAGUCAGCUACACCAUGCUCUACAAUGCCUUGGACUUCCCUGUCGGUGUGGUCCCCGUCACAAUGGUGACAGAUGAGGAUGAGGAAGAGCUGAAGGGCUACCAAGGGUACUUUCGGGAUUGGUGGGACCGGACCCUGGCAAAGGCUUUUCGUGGCAGCGUGGGGCUGCCCGUGGCUGUGCAGUGCGUGGCCUUGCCGUGGCAGGAGGAGCUGUGCCUCCGGUUCAUGAAGGAAGUGGAGAUGCUUGUCCUGAAGGAAAACAGUCUCAUCUGA